AAGCACAUUAUAGCAUAAAAGCUAGAAGUGGUUACAAUUGCUAUUAAGUCUUAGCAGGGGUUCGACACCCCAAGCUGUUAAAUGCUAGAGGGUUACUUUCUUAUAAAAGCAAGUGUUUCCUUUUCUCUGGUUUCAUUUCUCUUUUGUACUUUGAUCAGAUCUUUACUAAAAGAAAACUAAUCCUCUGCAAAGAAAAUCUUUAAAUAUUAUUUCUAUAAUGAUUAAAUUCACCUCAUUUUUGUUAAUCAUUACAUCCUGGUAUAAUUUCUGUGUCAUUGGACAGAUAUUAGAAGAUGAAAAUUGUGAAACAUUACAAUCAGAAAUUCAUAUUACUAAAGAUGAAUAUGAUGAAGUUGGACAUAUAAAGAGAACAUGCAGCGGUGACAUAUCAGUCACUAAGUGCGAAGGAUUUUGUACCUCACAAGUACAACCAAGUGUUAUUACUGCUACUGGAUUUGCUAAGGAAUGUUAUUGUUGCCGUGAAAGUUAUUUGAAGGAGAGAUUUGUUAUUUUAAAUCAAUGCUAUGAUGCAGAUGGAAUAAAAUUAAUGAACGACGAAGAUGGAGUUAUGGAAAUAAAAUUACGAGAGCCUGCAGAAUGCAAGUGUAUAAAAUGUGGAAAUUUUUCCAGAUGAAAUAUUAAAUGAAAUUAACUUCAAUUGAUGUAAAAUUGUGAUAACAAUAACUUGAAUUAAAAAUGUGGAGAUACUUGUACUACUGCUUACAAUAAAUUCUAUU